AUGCCCACCGUCCACCUGUUAGACUAUGUUGCCGGCAACAUUAGAAGUUUGGUCAACGCCAUUGAAAAGCUAGGCUACGAGGUCGAUUGGGUCAGAUCGCCAGAAGAUGUCGCCAAAGCAGAUAAACUCAUCCUUCCCGGUGUCGGCCACUUCGGUCACUGCAUGUCGCAGCUCGCGCAAGCCAAUUACCUACCAGCUAUCAAGGCCCAUAUCGAUUCCGGCAAGCCGUUCAUGGGCAUUUGCGUUGGUCUGCAAGCCCUCUUCGAAGGGUCCGUCGAGGAUCCAGAUGUACCAGGCUUGGGCGUCGUCCACUCAACUCUUGGUCGCUUCGACGAGACCGACAAGUCGGUCCCCCACAUUGGAUGGAACAGCGCCAAUACCGGCGGCAAGCCGUUGUACGGCCUGAGCCCAGAUUCCAAAUACUACUACGUCCAUUCGUUUCGAGGAGCAUACACACCCGGUGAGCUCGAGUCACAGGGCUGGUCCGUAGCCACAGGUACAUAUGGAAACGAGACGUUCGUCGGCGCCGUAGCCAAGGGAAACAUCUAUGCGACCCAAUUCCACCCUGAGAAGUCUGGUGUUGCAGGUCUACGGACACUCCGCGCCUUUCUCACAGGAGAGGGAGCAAAGUCUCUCCCAUCAAAUCCUCAACCCUUGGCAGAUGUACCCUUCAAGGACGGCCUGACCCGCCGUGUGAUCGCCUGUCUAGAUGUGCGAACAAACGACCAGGGCGACCUGGUUGUUACGAAGGGGGACCAGUACGACGUGCGGGAGAAGGGCGACGAUCGAAACGUGCGCAACCUUGGCAAACCCGUUGAGAUGGCCAAGCGCUACUACGAGGAGGGCGCCGACGAGGUGACCUUCUUGAACAUCACAUCCUUCCGCGAUUGCCCCAUAGCCGACCUUCCCAUGCUCGAAAUAUUGCGCCAGACCUCCCGCACUGUCUUCGUGCCCCUGACCAUUGGCGGAGGCAUCCGUGAUACUGUAGACACCGACGGCACCAAGGUCACUGCGCUGGAGAUCGCCACCAUGUACUUCAAAUCCGGCGCUGACAAGGUCUCGAUCGGCUCCGAUGCCGUCCUCGCCGCCGAGGAGUACUACUCCCUGGGCAAGAAGCUCUUCGGCAACACCGCCAUCGAGCAGAUCUCCAAGGCCUACGGGAACCAGGCCGUCGUGGUCAGCGUCGACCCCAAGCGGGUCUACGUCCCCAACCUCGACGCCACCCGCCACGCCGUCGUCGAGACCAAGUUCCCGGGCCCCAAGGGUGAGCCCUACUGCUGGUACGCCUGCACGAUCAAGGGCGGCCGCGAGACCCGCGACAUGGAUGUCGUCGAGCUCGUUCAGGCCGUCGAGGCCAUGGGCGCCGGGGAGAUCCUGCUCAAUUGCAUCGACAAGGACGGCACCAACAGCGGUUUCGACCUCGAGCUCAUCGAGCAGGUCAAGGGCGCGAUCGCCAUUCCCGUCAUUGCGUCAAGCGGAGCUGGAAACCCCGGCCACUUCGAGGAGGUGUUCCAGAAGACCCGGACUGAUGCCGCCCUGGGCGCGGGCAUGUUCCACAGAGGCGAGUACACUGUCCAGCAGGUCAAGGAUUAUUUGCAAAGCAAGGGGUUGGAAGCGCGGCAGGCUGGUGAAGGCCUGGACUCAUGA